AUGGAAGCUUUGCCUUUGAACUUGUGCGAGCUAUUUACCCAGGCUGUGGCUCGAUGUCCUGACAACCUUGCUGUAGAUCACAGUGAAGGCCGCCUAACGUACCGAGAGCUCGAAGAUGCCUCCAAUUCGCUAGCAAGUACGCUCAGGAGUGCGGGUGUGGGUCAUCAGUCUCCUGUUAUCUUGCUCACAGCACAUGGAACGUUCAACCUCAUCGCCAUACUCGCCAUCCUCAAGUCUGGGGGUUGCUGGGUACCAAUAGAUAGAGCAACAUGGUCCCCGGAAAUGGUAACCAAUGUCUGCAGUACAGUUGACAGCACUGUAAUCAUCAAUACAACUUUAGAGCCCUUCGAAUGUCACAAGGAGGGGUGGUGUUUACUAGAAUGCACCAGCAUCCCAGCAAGGCUCAGCCUACCUAAAGACAACAGCUAUACAGACAUAAUACAACCCUACGACCCUGCGUGCAUAGUUUUCACAAGCGGAAGCACGGGUCGGCCAAAAGGAGUCGUCAUAUCACAUAGAUCAUUAUGCCUGUACGCCAAGACAAGCCCGAUCAAUCUUGAUAUUACUCCGGGUGAUCGCCUCCUUCACAUUCUAUCUGUUUCUUUCGACGCUUGUGCUUGCAUCCUCUUCUCAGCGUUGGGCAACUGUGGAACAGUCGUCCCCGCACAAGGAGACGACAUUUUCCUCCGAGCUCCUUCGUGUGCGGCCCUGGCAGCUACGCCUUCCAUACUGAAUAAUCUCCCUUCGCCGAGCGCAGAAGGCUCGAUUUUCUCAAAUAUUAGCAAAAUUAUUCUGGGUGGCGAGACUGCAGCGCCAGCCCUCCUUGGAUCAUGGAUCGAUGCAGGUGUGCAGGUGUUGACGGCAUAUGGCGUAACAGAGACCACAUCAAUGGGAUCAGCACAUCUGGUGAAACGAGACUCACAAACCGGCAUUAUCAACUCAUUUCUAAUAGGAGGAGUUAUGAAAGAAAGUCCAAUUUACAUCGUGGACUCUGAGCUUGACAUCAUUGAUGAGGACUAUUGUGAGGGAGAGAUCAUUAUCGGAGGCGAUGGAGUCGCACUCGGAUACUAUAAAGACGAGAUAAAGACGAGAACCAACUUCGUCGAUUGGAAUGGGUCUCGCAUCUACAGAACCGGUGACUUCGGUUGUUGGGUCCAAGACGCAGCAGGCAAUAAGCUUGUCGAAUUUCGUGGUCGACAGGAUCGCACUGUCAAAAACAGAGGCUUUCUCGUGAAUCUCGAUAGAGAUGUGGAAGCCUGUCUCUACCGUGUUGGCGAAUCAUUUGGCCUCACAUCAGUACGUGCAGCUAUGACAGAGAAUGGUAUCGUCGCCGUUGUCACGCCUUCAGAUGUAAACACAUCUGCACUAAUUGAGAAAGCCAAAGAAAGCAUGAGUUCCUACUGUAUGCCGUAUCGUAUCAGGGCAGUGGAUGAUCUACCCCUGUCACCUAACGGAAAGGUACAGCAGAGGCAGCUCGUUGAUCUUGUUAAGUCCAUCGAGGAAGUGGAGGGUCUUCGGGGUGAAGAUUCCUCUAAUGAGUCAACCUUCCAGGAGCUGGACCCAGCUUUACCAGACGAUCAGAGGAAUCUUCAACUUCUGCUUACAGUGGCUCGAGAAGUUCUCUCUCUGCCGGGAGAGAAAUUUAGAGAACUCCAACCAGAUGACUCAUUCCUUGCUGUUGGGGGAUCAUCUCUACUGGCAUUCAAAAUUGUUUCAGUUAUCAGACAACACAACCUUCACGUCCCAGCAAGAGAGUUACUCAAGUGCCAAAAGUUCUCAGAUAUUUCGCCGCUGAUGUCUUCCAUAUCAGAACAUGCUUGUCCAGAUGUUACGUUGGCGGAAAAUUAUGCAGCAAACCGGCAGAUUCGAACUGAACUCGCCAGCCAGGCUCGCAACGCAAUCGGCUUGGCCAAGAACAGUUUUGACAUCGGGCCAUUGACUAGUUUGCAACUAGAGCUAGCAGUUUCCGCACUGGGUGACGAGACGAGAAAUGUGAACCAAGUCAAGAUAGCAUACAGCGACGCACACUCGGAAGCUAUGCAGAGGGCCUGGCAAGCACUUUGGCAAUCCGAGCCCAUUUUCAGGUCUGAGGUUUCAUUAGCAUUUGGUUGUGGUGCCUUUAUUGUGCACAAGAUACCUUUCAGGGCGCCUCAAGUAACGUCACACUGCUGUUAUAAUGACUAUGAAGAAGCUGUGAGGAAUGUUAGCAUGGGCGUUGGCUUGGGUUGCACGCUGGAUCUCAUCAAAUACGACGACGCAUCCAGUGAUCGACCCGGCUUGCGAUCCCCAUCCAAGGCAUCUGAGCUUACAGUGGUUCUCACAGUCCACCAUACCCUGAUGGAUGGCGAGUCUCUGAAACUGCUACUGGACAAACUUGACCGAGUUGCUCAAGGGUUUCCUCCGCUUCCUAGUGCCUCAACCAUCGAUGCAAAUCUCGCGCUGUUAGAUAUACAGCGCACGAGAGACUUAGAAGUACGAAGUUUCUUUGUCGAUUAUUUGAGAAACGUUCCAACCGAAGUUACCACACCAGAGAUCACAACCAUCGGCGAAGGCUCAUGCAUGCAAUCAGCAAUCUUCGAGACCUCUGUAAGCACAGCCAAGGUGGCAAGAUUUGCAACCAGAAAUUGCGCAUCCGCUGCAUGCAUUUACUAUGUUGCAUGGGCAAUGGCUAUAGCUGCUAUUGAAGACUGCUCUACCGUCAUCGUUGGAGCAGUCGUGUCUAACCGUCACGCCUUGCAUCGCCAUGACGAUGCCAUGGGAGCGUACAUGUCCACACUCCCACUACUUUUCAAUUUUGUCGACCAAGAAGUGACAAUAGCGGAACUGAUUAGAAAUACUAUGGACCAUCUUGCAACGAUAGGCGAAUACGCCUGGGCGCGUUCCGACCAAGUUGGUGUUGGCCAUCGGAUGCGAAACCUCUUGUCUAUACAGUUCCCACUUCCCAACGAGAGUUCAAAAGUGCCAGCUCUUUGGACAGAGUCUGUAGAGAGAAAUGAUUUUCCACUCUGUCUUUUGAUUGAGUCCAGUGGCGGUUUCAGAAUGCUUUACAACACCAUGCAGUAUAAUGAAGAAGCCAUCCAAAGGCUAGGCCAGCAUUUCAAGCAUGCACUCUACUCUCUCCAUCAUAAAACUCGGGUGGAAGACUGCAUUACACUCAAUCGCCUGCAGGAGAAGCUGGCCAGGCAAGCAGAUCUGUUCAGGCUUCAGCCAAGCGACCGUAUAGCAAAACAAGUUUUGGAAGAGGCCAUGGAUCGAUACGCAGAUCUCAUUGCACUAGAAGACUGCAUUGGCGGCAAGCUCACAUACAGAGAGCUUGAUAAGUUCACCAACGGCAUUGCCCAAUUCAUCAUCUCAACCAUGCCAGACACCAAAGUCGUCGCUCUCUAUGCCGACGGUACAAUCGGGUGGAUUCUUGGCCUGCUUGGGGCUGUUAAAGCAGGCUGCACGUAUGUCAACCUUGACCCAAGAUCAACACCUACUCAAAGAGAGUCCGUUUGCAAACAAUGUAGCGCAGAAGCAUUGCUCCUCCCCAGUGCAUCACAAGCGUCACAUGUUCCCUCAAUAGACAGCAUGAAAGUAUUUGCGCUGGAUGGCAUACUGAACGACAUCGCUGGCAGCAAGAAUGUAGGAAGACAACCGAACCGAGCAUCCCUGGACUCUCCCCUCGUUAUUGUAUUUACAUCAGGGACAACAGGAACCCCCAAAGGCUUCCCAAUUUCCAACCGCUCGUUAAUGGCUAUGAAAACCAACUACGGUACAACAAUGUUUGCAUCUCCAGGUCGUCGUAUUGCGCAAUUCAUGUCACCAGUAUUCGACGUCUGCAAUAUGGAAGUGUUCUCCGCGCUUCUGCAUGGGGCCACUCUGGUGCUCCGUGACCCGUCAGAUCCUUAUGCUCAUCUUCAUCGAGUAAACACCGCUGCCGUGACUCCAUCGGUGUUAGCAGCCAUGAAUCCUGAUUAUUUUCCCAACCUGGAAGUCGUUUACGCAUGUGGUGAGCCGGUUACGGCUGCGAUUGUGAAAAGAUAUGCCUCCGGGCUUUUGCUUUACAAUGCCUAUGGGCCAGCAGAGUGCAGUAUUCUUAUCGGCAUUGAUCGACUAAUCCCCGGAGAUCGCAUCACUGUGGGAAGACCCUUGAAAACAAUCCGAGUCUAUGUCUUGGACGAGCAGCAGCAACCUGUGUCACGCGGGGCUCGCGGUGAGCUUUGCAUGGCGGGAGUUCAAGUGCUACGAGACUAUGUCAAUGCUCCCGAACAAGCCGCUCGUAAUAUUCUCUCAGAUCCGUGGCACCCUGGUGAGCGUAUGUACCGUUCAGGAGAUGCCGGUUCGAUCGGCCGGGACGGUAGAGUGAAUAUAUACGGACGUAUGGAUCGCCUGGUUAAAGUCCGUGGGUUCCGCGUUGAGCUGGCAGGAGUCGAGCUUGCGAUCGUCUCUGGGCCUCCUGAGGAGAACAUCUCGCAAUGCUCGACCAUAGUUGUCAAUGGUCUCGUUGUUUCCUUCAUCUCUUUUGACAGGUCGCAAGAUAAUGAUGAUUUCGACAAAGAGGGUCGGAUCGCUCGUUUGCGGAGGAGACUCUGCGACCUAUUACCUCCAUCAUCGGUACCGCAGGACAUUGUACCUUUGGACACAUUCCCAAGGACCAAUAAUGGAAAGAUCGAUACCAGAGCACUAAAAUCGCUAUACUCAAACAAAAAAAAGUUUGUGUCCGAGGAAGAGUCGCUUGAGGAGACCUCAACAUCUCAGCUCGGGAUAGAACAACGGUUGGCACAUGAAUGGCGUCAAGUACUCCAACUCAAACCUGAGAUGCAAAUUGAAGAGUCCAGCAAUUUCUUCAAAAUGGGAGGCCACUCUGUUUCGAUCAUGUUAUUGGCUACACGGCUUACCACAGCAUUUGGCAGAAGAAUCACAGUCCGUCAACUCCUCCCAUCUCCCGGUUUCCAACAACAAGUUAAUAUCAUCAAAGAACUUGUUAAGAUUGAAACAACCGGGAGCAACCAGCCUGAGAUAGGAUCUCCUCUUAUGAUAGAGGAGCUAACAGAAAUCGAGAAACAGGUGUGGUUCCAGCAUCAAGUUGCCACAACGGUUACCGCCUUCAACAUCGUCAGAGUCCUCAAAAUCGGGGGUGCGGCUGACAUUGCUAAAUUGUCUCGAUCACUAAACGUAGCUCUGUCAUUUGAUCCGAUACUUCGCUGCAAUAUUGUGGAAGGACCUAAUGGCCCUACGAGAACGUUGCGUAGCUUCGCUCCAACUGUAAGAGAAGUGGAUGAGCUUGACAUGCAAAGCAUUUUAAACCACCACUUUGACCUCUCUCGCGAUCCUUUAUUUCAGGUAUACAUUGUCGGAUCUUCUGGGGAUCGCAACACUCUCACGGUGGUAAUUCUUACCUCCCAUGUGAUUGCCGACUUAGGGACGCUGCAGAACUUCCUUCGGCUCACGUCGCUGGCCUAUUCCGGGAGCACACUUAGUCCCCUCCACAGGCCAAAGCAUCUGGAUUCGAAUCUCUGGACAACAAUGCCAUCCCCAGCUGAGAGAAAGUUCUGGAUGGAGUACUUGCAAGGCCAUGCCUACUCUGCCAAAAGAGAACAAUUACUGAAGCGUCUCCCUGCUGCCUCACCUCUAGUAACAUUUCAAGGAGAAUCCAGAACCCGAGAGUUCAAAGGAGAGCUAGUAACGGCUCUCAAUAAUUUAGUUCGGCGUAUAGGGGCUACACAACACCAGCUAGUCCUAGCAAUAACCGCCCUUCUAUUGCAUUGGUUCUCCCUGGAGGACGACUUCAUAUUGGGAGCACCGAGUUCUGGUCGGUCUACUUCGGAAGAGCAAGAAGCCCUUGGUCAAUUCCUAGAUCGGCUGCCUAUUCGAAUAACUCCAGCUGAUUUAAGAAUCAUGAACAAUAGAGAUACUACUACAUCAGUGGUGGCCCGCGUUCGCGAUUCCUCUCGAAGAGCCCUCUCCAAUGCCAUUCCUUUCAGCAAUAUUAUCCAAGAUCUUGGCUUUCCUAGAGGUAGCCUACAACAUCCUCUAUUUGAGUGCAUGGUGACAUUUCACCCUCGAAGCGCCGGGCUGGAGAACUUUCUGCAACUACCAAAGUGCAACGUCUCUGUCUCGACACCCUUUCCUCGGGGGGCGAAGUUUCCUCUUAUGAUGGAAUGGUUCGAGUUGGGCCCUAACCAAUGGAACCUACAUAUAGAGCACGAUACUCUUGAUGUUCCAGCAAAUACGAUCGACGCCAUGGAAGAGGCAUUAGCAGUUAUUCUACGAGGCAUAGCAGAUGAAUGCUCCAUACUAGAACUCAACACGCGAUUGGCAGAUCUUGAGCCGACGAGCUUAGACACGUUGUCCAGUUCAAGUUGCAGUUCACGUAACAGUACUGAAACUUCAAGCGCCCAUUCAGAAUCCGUGGGAGAAAUAGUAUCUUCAAUCCAGUCGGAAAUGGAGGCAAGCCUAGGUGCAUCUCGCGGGACAUUGUCCCCUCACACCUCCUUCUUCUCUGCUGGAGCAGACUCGCAAGCAGUUGUUUCACUGAGGCACCGAUUGCAGAAGCUAGGCUUGGACAUUCCAUUAAGAUCGAUUUUCUUGGCUCAGAGCCCGGCGAAGCUUGCAGAGCAUUUGCUUUUCAUCCCCACUUGA